AUGUUGUUGCGAGCCUUUUUUGCCACGCCAUUUUUCCUUUUCAGCAUCGUGAUAUCUGUACUCUCUGGAUAGUUCUGAGACUCACACGGCUCCUUUGAGAGAUUGAAGAAAAAUGAAUAAAAAUAAAAUAAAAUAAAAAGCGAGUGUGAACCAAAACUCAAAACCGCCACAAGAUUCCCUUGUGUCUUUCACAUGCUUUUUCUCUUUCUCGUGCUCUUUUUCUCUUGGUCUUUUCUUUGCUCUUUACCCAGAGAGUAUAAUAUAGUAUUAAUUUGUGGACCAGCUCUUCUCGUUCUUUUUCACGCUUCCUUUUUUUUUAUUUAUCCUAUUUGUUGGCAUACUUCUCCUAUACCCAUUUACUGAAUUUUGUCAUUCUUUCUGAAUCUACCUGAAUUCCCAUAUCAUGGAGGAUUCUAAUGUUGUGGAGGCGAAAGAUGGAACCAUUUCUGUCGCAUCCGCAUUUCCUGGGCAUCAAGAAGUUGUACAGGAUAGAGACCACAAAUUCUUAACAAAAGCAGUUGAAGAAGCUUACAAAGGGGUUGAAUGUGGAGAUGGAGGCCCAUUUGGUGCAGUUGUUGUUCGUAAUGAUGAAGUCGUUGUAAGCUGCCAUAAUAUGGUCUUGAAGAACACCGACCCGACUGCCCAUGCUGAAGUUACUGCCAUAAGAGAGGCCUGUAAAAAGCUUGGUCAAAUUGAGCUCGCAGACUGUGAAAUAUAUGCAUCCUGUGAGCCAUGUCCGAUGUGCUUUGGUGCUAUCCAUCUUUCAAGAAUUAAGAGGUUGGUUUAUGGAGCCAAAGCUGAAGCGGCCAUUGCAAUUGGGUUUGAUGAUUUCAUUGCAGAUGCUUUAAGGGGCACUGGAUUUUAUCAGAAAGCUAACAUGGAGAUUAAGAAAGCUGAUGGAACUGGUGCUAUUAUUGCUGAACAAGUGUUUGAGAAGACAAAGGCGAAGUUCCCCAUGUACUGAUUUUCAUAGUUCCCAUUGCCAUGAUUUAAAGGAAAAAAAAAAAAAAACAAA